AUGUCGGUUCUCUUGGAGACUAGCGUUGGUGACAUUGUCAUCGACUUGCUGGUUGAGCAUGCGCCAAAGCUGUGUGAGAAUUUCCUGAAGCUUUGCAAAGUCAAAUACUACAAUUUUUCUCCGGUCCACUCUGUGCAAAAGAACUUUUCAUUCCAGACCGGCGACCCUUUGGGGCCAUUGUCCAAACAAUCCGAUGGAGGCUCUUCAAUAUGGGGUUAUAUAUCUGGGGACCCUUCGAAGCAAUCAUUCCCUGCUUUUUUCCACCCGAAGCUGAAGCAUCUUGAGCGCGGCACAGUUAGCAUGGCCACGGUUCCCCUCUCCGCCGAUCCCGAUACGCGCCUUGCCGCCUCGCAAUUUCUUAUUACUCUUGGGGAAGAAACAGAUUUUUUGGACGGCAAAGCCGCUAUAUUCGGCAAAGUUGUGGAAGGAUUUGAUGCCUUGGAAAAAAUCAAUGAAGCCAUUGUUGAUGAUAAAGGCUAUCCUUUGAUCGACAUUCGAAUCAAGCACACAGUCGUAUUGGACGACCCAUAUCCGGACCCUUCCGGGUUAAGGGAGCCCAGCUCAAGCCCUCCGCCUACGGAAUCUCAGUUGAAAACAGUACGGAUUGCUGACGAGGCAGCCUUGCACGAGGAUGACGGGGUAGACGAGGCUGAGCUGGAACGCCGGCGCCGUCAAACCGAGGCCAAUGCACAAGCCUUGACGUUGGAAAUGAUGGGAGACCUGCCAUUUGCCGAGGUGAAGCCGCCAGAGAAUGUUCUUUUUGUCUGCAAGUUGAAUCCAGUCACUGGCGACGAAGAUCUGGAACUAAUCUUUGGCCGAUUUGGCAAGAUUUUGAGCUGUGAAGUAAUUCGAGACGCCAAAACAGGAGACAGCUUACAAUACGCAUUCAUAGAGUACGAAGACAAAGCAUCCUGCGAAGCCGCAUAUUUCAAAAUGCAAGGCGUCUUGAUAGAUGAUCGAAGAAUUCACGUUGAUUUCUCACAGAGUGUCAGUAAACUGAGCGAUGUUUGGAGAAAGGACACAAAUAGCAAACGACGGGCAAAUGCUUCGCGUGGUGGUUGGGGCGGUGUUGAUGAACUGGAAAAGAGAAGGCAAUACCGAGCUGAAGUAGACGCGCCACAGAAAAGCAACUACGGCAUGGUUUAUGGUGAUGAGGAGAUGAAGGGACGUCAUGAGCGGAGCGAACGAAGGGACAUUCGAGGAGAGAAUCCCUCGUCAGUGGGAGAAGGUCGGCGAAAUGAUCAAGGCGCUCGAAGCCGCAGCCCGCGCAUACGAGAACGAAGUCGUGAUAGGCAGCCGGGCCGGAGGGACGUCCAUCGUCAUGGGGACAUGAGAGAAUGGGACCGUAGAGAUGGAAAUCCUAGGUACAACGACAAGGACAGAUACAGGUACAGAGCCAGGGAUAGGGAUCGAGAUGAACACCAAGACAAAAACAAAGAACACCGUGACGACUCGUAUCGUCCAAGACGAUGA